CGGGCUGGUCUCUCCCUGUGUUACGGCCGAGGCUCGCGGGCGCUGCGCGGAGGACUGAGUGGAGGCGCGGCCUGCCUCCCUCCAUAGAGUGGCGCGCCCGCUCGGCCGACCCGCGGGGAACGAGAGCCAGGCUGCUUCGCGGCGCCGCGGCGCACGCUUCCUGGGAGUUGGUGAUUGUCUUUGAAGAAACAUGAAGUCACACUCUGUUGUUAUGCUUACUGUAGCCAUCCUGGUGUUCCUGACAUGGGUCCCCAUGUCACUGAGUUGUAACAAAGCACUCUGUGCUAGUGAUGUGAGCAAAUGCCUCAUUCAGGAGCUCUGCCAGUGCCGACCUGGAGAAGGAAAUUGUUCCUGCUGUAAGGAGUGUAUGCUGUGUCUUGGGACGCUUUGGGAUGAGUGCUGUGACUGUGUUGGUAUGUGUAAUCCUCGAAACUACAGUGACACGCCUCCAACUUCAAAGAGCACAGUGGAGGAGCUUCAUGAACCCAUCCCUUCUCUCUUCCGGGCACUCACAGAAGGAGACACUCAGUUGAACUGGAACAUUGUUUCCUUCCCUGUUGCAGAAGAACUUUCACAUCAUGAGAAUCUUGUUUCAUUUUUAGAAACUGUGAACCAGCCACACCACCAAAAUGUGUCUGUUCCCAGCAAUAAUGUUCAUGCACCUUAUUCCAGUGACAAAGAACACAUGUGUACUGUGGUUUAUUUUGAUGACUGCAUGUCCAUACAUCAGUGUAAAAUAUCCUGCGAGUCCAUGGGGGCAUCCAAAUAUCGCUGGUUCCAUAACGCCUGCUGUGAGUGCAUUGGUCCAGAGUGUAUCGACUAUGGUAGUAAAACUGUCAAAUGUAUGAACUGCAUGUUUUAGAGAAGGAAAUGGUAUGCACGCCAAAGCAAUUUAGUCAAGGGUAUGAAAAGCUAUUCAGUGAUGUUACUGGUUGCACCCAAAUGCCAGCAGGUUGGGAAGAUGUGAAGAGUUUGGAUUGAGUUACUUCUAAAGUAUGACAAAUCCGGGAUUGUGUUAAAUUAUGUUUAUAACUGCUCUUAUUGAUCUUACUGCCCGCUGGUAGCGAUAAACCCUUUCUUCUAAACACAUGUACAGCUUUGAUCACGUGAGAAGCAAGUGCGUAGAGAACACCUUGAGAGAGGAGAGGUUUCUAACACAAAGCCUGGUGUCAUUUUCUUGUCACAUUCCAGAAGCCUUUUGUGUCGAAGGUUUACAGCAUGUUAACAUAGGUUAUGAUUUCUUCAUUGCACUACUCCUAGGACACUGGGUUUUUAGAGUUGUUUGCCAUUUUUCACUGUGCCUGGUAUUAUUUACCUGUUCUAUAAGUAGGGUAGAUAUCCAAAUAUAUCACCCUGUGUUCUCACCAAAAAAUCACCAUAAAAAGCUUAAUUUCAGACCUCUUUAUGUUGGUUUUAGAAGGUAAAUGCUUACAGUAUUUUACAAUUUAAAACACUUCCAUAGCCGAAUCCACCCUACGCUACACAUACCGACAAAGCUGUAGGGAAAGUUUCUCCUCCUCCUCCAUCCCCGGCCCAAAGUACUGCUGUAGGUAGUGAUGAAGCAUCUUUACCAAGAAUUGCAGGGCACACCUAUGAGGCUCUGUGAAAUACACUGCUAGGGUAUAUAAGAAGGGAGAGCUUUCCUCUGACUUAAGGUACCAGCUUAAAUAGCUCCAGGAAAGGGAAACCACUGCCAACCGGACUCCAGGGAAAUUUUAUGGAAAUGGCAGGGCUGUGGCUAGCUGGACAGUAGGGACGAGGCUGCUCAGGCUUCGCGCCACGUUCUCCAGUGGACAGGUGGUUGGAGGGGAUAAAGCAGAGAGUUCCAGGAAUGAACGGGGAGGGUUGAAAAUACCCGGUAUUCUAGUGGAAGCAAACUUAAAACUACUUACAUUCAUUACGUUGUUAUUUUGUAAUCUUUCCUUUAGGUUUGUAUAUAGAUCAGGUGUUCUUGUUAAACAAGGGUUAUCACACAGUAGGAGGUUAAGACUGUGAACUGCCGCCCACCCCCGCAAAAUUCCCUGUUCAAGAUGACAUUAACUCUAAACACACUUCAGAACAUUUGGGCAGCUUUUUAUAUAAUGUUUCAAUGAAGAUAAGUUUAAAUAGUAUGUGCCUUCGUGGUAAUAAAAUCUCCAUCUUCAAGCAUGAACCUGAAACGUACAUAUUUAUAUUCAGAGACUCUUAGCUUUACAGAAUUACUAAUUUCUCAAAUAGUAUGUAUUUGAACUCUAAGUAACUUUUAGGAAUACCUCUUUGUAUAUCUAAAUACUGUAGUAUAUAAAAAUGAAUAAUGCUCUUUGUAUUCAUUAUCUGGACAAUGGUUAGUUACAAGAUCAUAUGUAAUAUUAUGAUUAUCAUAAAAUGUAAAGACUUGACACCUUUUCUGCUCUUUCAGAUAACUCUAAUGAACACUCAAGGUACUUUAGCAUUUUAAAAAGUUGAAAUUUAGCUCAUGGAUGUAUUUUUUGGAUGGGAAAACAUUGGGAUGUCCUUUUCUUUUACCUAGAAUGCCUUUUUUUAUGAGUGCCUUGAAAACAAACAUUAGCUCCCUUUCUUCAUUAAUACCUAUAAAACUGAAGGUUUUCUUGAACUUACGAAAUAAUUUUAAGAAGUCUGCAGCCAGCUGCUUCAUUUCAACUUUGCUGUUUUUCAGACUCAUUUAUACUUAGGAAUAGAGGAAUGCUUUUGUGUUUAUUGACAACAUACUUAAUGUUUCCAUAAAUAUGUCAACAGACUUUUUUAAACUGCAUUUAUCUUCCUUUUUAGGUAUUCAUUAUUAAAUUUUAAAAUGUAGUAUCUCUUGUUGGGAGAAUAAUUUCUUGAACCAUGUUAUGUUUUAACUGAUUUUUCUUUCCUCUAUUUCUCCAAAUAGAAAUUAUCCCUAAAUAUAAUGGUAAGUUGUAUAUUCAAAUUUUACUUAAUUUUUUGUCUUAUGAAGGGGUUAAAAGAAAGUGUUCGCCUAAACGAUUCCAUUUCCAGUUCUAUAAUGUACUUCAGGUUUUGAAUAACAAUAUUUUUACAAAUUAAAAGUAUAACAUUUGGGAAACUGAUAGCCGCACUAAAAUUUAGACCUUCUAUUACCAUUCCAAGCACAAUUCACUUCUAUACUGAAGCUCUGAUUUAAAAAAAAAAAAAAUUAAUCAAAAGUUAGGUUACCUUUCUUAUAACUGGAUCCAAAACAUUAAAUCUUAAGUCUGUAGGUAUUAUAAAAACCAUAUACAAAAGGUUCUUUCCUCUAGUAAGACAUGUCCUUGCUUGUUGGUUUUCCUGUUUCCCCCAUAACAUCUAAUUAUUACUGAAACUGUACUCAUAACAGUGGCACCAAAUCAAAUGAUAAUUCAAAUGCAAUGUCUUUGUUUACAGAGAUGCAUAAAAGAGAGGCCUUCAUUUAGAAAUAUGAUUUCUAAAGUUUCAGAAAACAAAAUUGAUAAAAUGUUAGAAUAUUUGAAUAACUAUUUAUAAAUCAGAAUAACAUCAAAACGGAGAAAAGGAACUAAGACUUCUGAAAAAUGAGGUAAAUAUAAAUAAGCCACAUAUUUAAAGUUUGUUUUUAAUAAAAUCUUCGUUGAAGAUUUUUUAAUCUAUUCUGCAUUCCCAAGACUUUAUGUUUAUUGUAUUUUACAUGAUCUACAAUAUAUAAAAUUAUGUAUUUUUUUCUUUGGUUGUUCCUAUAAACAAAAAAGUAUUUUAAUAAAAAAUUAAAAUGAGUGUGCCAUGUUUUUGUUAACUUCGGCAUAACAAACCAAAAUAAGUUUGCCAUUUCUGUCUAGUGAGGUUAUUGUUCAAGGGAUCAGCCCAGGCAUGCCUCCUCUCUGGAUGUCCCUACAGAGUCUGCUGAAACAAACGAUCUUUCACAGUUUGCUCUCUGUUUUUUCGUGGGCUUUAUUCCAAUAUGGGGAAACCUUUGAAAUGAAAUACGUACCUUCUCCUUGCUUGCUCUGUGGGCCUUGUGAUGCCAGCCAGCCUCACGAGAACUUCCUGGUGGUGGAAGGAGUCACUGAGAGAACAAGUCUGUGCUGGAAGGAUGGAGGCAGCAACAGCUGCAAGGUCUGGCUUGUGAGAUGAGAACCCUCAGUGCAGAAGCAAAGACAGAAGAGACCUCUGCCCUCCCCCGGGCGUGCUGUGACUCGCAGAAGGAAGCUGGGAAAAAUGCAGAAAUGCCCUCAUUUGACUGAAGACAAAUACAAUAUCUGGAGGGAUUCACAGGAAGGUGGAAACCUUGGCCGCCUCUGGGCGGGCAAACGAGAGGCUGAAGGACAGCGUGGGAAGGAGACCGUGUCAUCACCUGAACUGUGAGCCAUGAGCAUGAGUUUACCUUUUCAAAAAAUACAUAACUAAAACUUCAGUUUCAAAAAAGACACGAACAGAAGUAUUUUUCCUUAAAAAGUCAAUUUUGUAGCACCCCAAAGCUGGGUCCCUCUCAGUGACUAGCUACCCAGUCUCUGGUAAACAUGCUAACUAACAUAUGACGGAGACAAAAUUGUGUGCCACGGAGAGUCUUGAUAGUAACUGAAAACCCCCAAACUGUUGAUCUAGUCACAUUUUUUGAUGGACGGACAAUGACAUAUAUUCAGUUCUCAAAUUCUAAUAAAUUUCUUCCAAACAGGAUCUAAGAUUUGAGCGAUAAGAUUUUAGGACAGAUAGUCCUGCGACUCUGUGUCUUUUCCUACCUGGGAUUUACUUCUUCGUCCUUGUAAAGGACUUGAAGAGUGUAAAGUGAGGCCACAGUAUUCAUUUAAACAGCCACGUCUCAACUUCCUUAAACUAAUCAGAACCAACAAAAACAUCAGCAAGAAACUCCAAACCUCGACUUUAAAAUCCCAUGAGAAUGCUCUUGAAGAAGAAUGUAUUUGUGAUUGAGUAAAGCACACUGACCUAGGACUGGCCUCCGCUGCCACGUUUACCGUCUGUGAAACUACUGCCUUCGGGGCUUUUCUCCAUUCCCUGUUCCUCCUGCCCUGAUGGUGGGGCCUCCAUGACAUUCUUGAGUUGGAAUGUCUUUGCUCGUGCCAGUUUAUAAAGAGUUCAGUACACUUGGCAGGACCCGGUGACCCGGGGGAGGAGGAAGCACCAGAGUAUGAUCGUUCUAAGGGACCUUCUGACACGAGUGCAGACCUCGGAACAUAGAGCUCGUUCCAGAAGGCCCUGGAGCACAGACUCUCAAGGGAUUCCUGGGCCCUGGCAGGAGGCCAGGCAGGCUCCUGCUCCAGGCUCCAGAAAUGGAUCAGACCCCUUGAAGGAACACAUUCUCUUAUUGAUCAGGAAUCUUGAAUGAAGUUGAAGAGGUGCAGGUGUUCGGCAACUCUGGAGACGAAAUUCAAACUGCAGAGCCCCUGCCUUCCCCUCCGCUGCCCAGGGAUGUGGGCUGCUGGGGGCCCCGUCCGCCAUGCAGGUCACCUACAGCCCUGUCUUUGUGCCCAAGGCUCUCCCAUUCUUUUUCUCUCUUUGAUUUCUAGAUGAAAAGAAAAACAAACAUCCACUGAAAAUAGGGGAAAGGAGAAAACUAUUAUGCAUUUACUGCUUGAUUUUCCUGAUAAUAAUGGAUUCGCAAAAUGGAUGGGGAAAAAAAAACCCAUGAUUCGAUCAUUUCUCAAAUUCAUAUAUUUCUCUUGAGAAAUGGGUGCACUGAGUAGACAGGCCUGGCAGUCAGGGCUGGGGCUCUUCUGGAUGCUUUCAAGGCCAAGCUAAAUGCAGAGCAAGGCAGCGGCAGGAAGCUGGCCUCACAGCACGCUCUGCUGGCCUCUCUGGUGCGUGAGGGGGCAUCUACCUGCCAGGUCCGGAGCCUGCGGGUGAUGACUGCCCUCCGGGGGUGGUGCCACGGCACCAUGCGGAGUUGCACCCCCCCCAUCAUCCAUGUUAUAGUUAGGUUAACGUGUGUGCAUUAUCUGAGCACACCUGGAAUUGCCCCACCGGUCACAGCGCUCAGAGGCCAAGUCACAGUAACCUCGGGACCUGGGUCCCUUGCUGGCUGGACCAGGGAGCACGGGUGUCCCAAAGCAGCCUGCUUCCCAGCAGCCGGUCUGAUGGUGAGGUGGACCUCAUGAUGUGGACCUCGGCUCUUCUCUCCCGGGUGUGGGGACCAGGAGCUGCUCAAAGAACGGUGGCUCGCGGUGGGGCCUGACCGACAGAAUGACGUCAGGAGGACCAGCAUGGCCCGAUGGGUCCUGUGCACGCCAGAAUUGUGAAGGGACAGAAAAGGGUGUAGCAGGCUGGCCAGUCCAAAGGCAUAGCAAAGCCUCCAUGGCACAGGCUCUGGGCCUGCCUGAAUCCAGAAUGAUCUCAGCCCCAUGUUUUUGGCUUUUCCUGUAUCCUUGUGUGGGUGUUUCCUUGCAACGAACCAAUUUUCUUGAGAAAUUUCAGUGAGUCUCUGUUCUUCACAGCCCCAAAUCCCAAGCAAUCCAGUGUUCUCUUAGUAUUUUUUCUCUACCCAGAUGUACCUGUGUACUUUUUCUUACAAAACCGGAUCAGUGAAAUGCUGUCUCUUUAAACUUGACAAUAUAUUGUGAGAAUUCUCAUAAAUAUCACUAAAACUUCGUAGAAUUUCCUCACCAGGUACCCAGACUUCUGAAUAGCUGUCAUCACACAGCGAAGUCCGGUCCGCUGCCCUCCUACUGGAAAGCGUCUGCCACAGAAACCCAGCACCCAGUUGGGUGAAGUUGGCCCCCCCGAGCCCAUCCAGCCCCGGUCCUGGCCACGCCUGGCCCGCCUUCCCCGGGCCUCCGAGACUUCUAGCAACAGUUCUCACUGUCUCUGGCCAAAACCAAUUUUUCAAGAGCAGAAACAUAUUGGAACUGUCAAAAGAACAUGAAAUGAAAAAAAAAAAAAAAAAAAAAACAUGAAAUGAGCCACAGAAAAGCAUGAAGCAUAACUUAAACAGUUCUACUUGUUCUGUGACAUUUUAAAAAGAGCAAAUCUGUCAUCAAGGUAAAAAACUGAAACGGAAGCCGAGCACUUUGGUAUCAGGUGCUUCACAUGGUGAAGAUGGCCCUAAAGCCAAACCAUCUCAGUGGGCUGUCAAGUGACAUGGGUCUUUCAAACAACAGGCGGUCACCCUCUGCCCAUGCCUCUCCUGCCCCAGGGCCUUUGAACAUCUGCUUCUGUAGCACCUUUGGUGGCAGCUGCACCUCCCAGGUGCCUUGGUGUCCCUGAAGCCUGGGACCCAAGAACCCUAAUGCAGGGCGCCCCAGGGCCCCCUCAGACUCCGCCUGGCGGCCCUGUCUGUCCCGCGAGCCCUCGGCACAAGCUGUGUGGUGGCCUCUUCCCCGGCCACCAUUGACGUGGGCCGAGCUCCGUCCUGAUCCCUGCACUUGUGGGUUGCGGCCAGCAUCGCUAAAUGCCAAGAUGCUGUCACCACCGGCACACUAAAUGCCAAGAUACCGUCACCACCGGCACUGGUGCUCAUCCGUGUUUGUUCCUGACCCUUGUCCCUCUGGGAUCUCUCUAGGGUCAUCCAGAAGAUUGGAGAAAACAAAGAAACCUCAAGGCUGUUGUGCUGGCUUUGUCCUCGGCUGUGUGUUUUAGGGACACGGCAGGAGAAAAAGAAGAGUUGCUCACUCCCCACUGUCUGCAUCUGCACAGCAUCCUGGUGCUCACACGGGUCACACAACUGUCAAAACUCACCCCAAAAAAACAACAACAAAAAACAAACCAAAAAAAACUCAUCCUGCUGAACACUGAACGCCUGUGCGUGUGGCUGUGUUCUUUAUACCUUAAAUUUUUUCAAUAAAAAAGUGAAACCAGAGAGUAGCGCCACAUAAUAUCCUGCCUAAUAAUAUGAGGAGAGGAUGCAAAUAAAUCAGCCUUUCCCCUGGGCUCCCUGAGUCGGCCGUUGGGCCCUGUGUCCCAUCCCGCCUCUCCCAUCUCUCACUUGGCUGACGUGCAGCCCGCCGGCUGCUCCUUCCGCCUCUGCUCCUCACACCUUCAACCCAUCCUCCUCAUGGCACACCCCAGGACCUUGGUACAAUGGAAAUAUUUCCAAACUUCUCCUGGCUUAAAAUCCACAGUCACGUCUCGUCUGCUCCCUAGAGGAUAACAUCCAAGCUCCUAACGGUGCACCACCCACCUCCGUGAGUGGCCCUUGCCCACCUUGCUAGCCUCUGCUCUCACCCCUGCCUGGCUCCCAUUUUGUGCUCCAGAAACUAAACUGCUUCCAAUUCCCCACAUGCCCUGCUUGCCUCCUGCCGGAAAUGCCCUUUCCAAAACCACCAAAUUAGAACUGGUGCCAGGAGAAACACACACUGUGCUUAUGGACUUCCAAAACAGCGGUCAGGUUUUAUAUUUUCACCUUGAAUCAGGACAGGUACCCAGUUUCACCUGUGAGCCAGAUGUGAUGUGAAGAUGGUGCCCCAGGCGGGGGUCUCAGGCCGUCGUUUAAGCCCCAGCUUUGCCCUUGACCGAAUGCACGUCCUGCCCGGGUCACUGAGCAGGUCUGAAUCUCAUUCCCUUUUAUGUAAAACCAGGGUUACAAGCACCCGCUGUAAAGGAGGAGGAACCCAUGAACUGUUGGAUGCAGCGAACUCUAUAAACUUUUCAGAGACGCACAAAUGGCAGCUUAAGGCGAGCUGCCUGCCGUGAGCACGGGGCAGGAGCAGAGCCCACAGUGGGGCCUUAGUGACGUUUUGUCAGAUGGGUUCUGUUCGAGAAUCCUGGGAAGAAUUGUCUGUGGCUGGCUCUGGCAUGUGAAACACUCUACUGGCUGCUCCAUCAAACGCCGUAAGGAUUCCUUCUCCAAGGGCAUAUUUCAGAACCUGGAGCGUCUGCCCCCAGUUAUGGGUCAUGGUAAUGCCCAUCACACAGACACAGUGUGCUCCAGCAUAGACAGGCUGUGGGAAAAAUUUAGGGCACACGGUGGACAGAGCGCUGGACACAAGAGAACCAGAUUCUGAGCCCUCCUCUGUCACCAGCUUGACCUCCUGGUCUCAAUUCCCUCACCUCCCAGGGCUCCACAAAACUAGUGCUAAGGGCCUUUCUAGUUCUUACAUUCUGUGUGUGGCCGAGGUAAAGGUGCAAAAUGGGUGCUUUAGAACUGAGUUUUGAUUAGCAUCUGUCUUUAGGUGACUCCAGGAUCAAUCGAGCCACAAAUAUUAACUGAUCUACAAUUAUAGUCCAAUCUG